AUGCAACUACCAGCUAUUUUCCCCUCCAAACUCUACGGCUGGUCAGCUUUAACCUGGACCCUCCUGUGGCUCUUCCACCGGCCCUCGGCUGGGCUGAUCCAGUACUCCGCAGCUGAACUCCUCCGUCUUCGCUAUCAGCCCGCGGGUCCUCCUCUGCUGCAUUUCCGCACCGACUCUCCGCUCACGCCCCGCCGAAGGUACAUCCACCGCGGCACACGCCGUCAAUUCCGCGAUGACACAUCCAAACACAUCCAGUUCUCCUCCUCCACCACUCGCUGCCCUCCCCGCUACUCUGGACGCCCUGUGGACCACAGCGUGCUCUCCAGCCUUCCCAGGUUGGGGAACGAAGCUGGCUCUGCUAUGCGCCAAGACUCUGCAACCAUCAACUUUGGCCUCAUCAACAUCCGCUCUCUCUCUAACAAGGAAAGACGACUUACAGUUGUUGAUUCUCCCAGCUGGUUAUACUUCCACACCCUUCAGAACACCAGUGAGAUGGACAAACUAGAAAUAGAGAAUAGUUUGUAUAUGUGUCCUCCAGGACCACAUGCAGUUAUCCUGGUGAUUGACCUUGGAACUGCAUUUAGUGCAAAGUGCCAGAGGUCAGUUCAGGAUCACAUGAGUCUGUUUGGAGAUGAUGUUUGGAAGCACACAAUCAUUCUGUUUACAAGACUGGACUGGCUUGGAGUGAAGACUGUAGAGGAGAGGAUAGAGAGUGAGAAAGGGCUGCAGUGGCUGGUGAACAAAUGUGAGAACAGAUAUCAUGCCAUGAACAACCUGGAGCGCAAUAAUAGAGAACAAGUAAAGGUUCUCCUGGAGAAGAUUGAGGAGAUGUGGGCAGAAAAUGAUGAUCCUUAUUAUGAAGUCGACCAGAGAAGAGCAGCAGAAAUGGAGACUCUGAGAGAGGAUGCAGACAAAAGAGCCAAAAAGAUGAAGAAGAUCAUUGAAAGACAGUCAAGAGUACUGAAAGAAAUCUUUAAAGAGGAGAGACAGUCACUCAGUGACUUCAGAGUUGUUCUGUUGGGUCAGAAAGGAUCAGGAAAAAGUAUUGCAGGAAAUCGGAUUCUGUUCAUGGAAAAAUUUGAAGAAGGAUUUCACACAGCUUGUUUUAAGAAGGACAAAGAAGAUCAAAGAGUUUCUGUGAAACAUCAAGCAGAUUUUGAUGGAGUUAAAGUCUCAGUUGUUGAGGCUCCAGGCUGGUACAAAGACACAAAAGCUCCUGACUGGCUCAAACAUGAAGUUCAUCGUAGUGUUUCCAUGUGUGAUCCGGGGCCUCACGCUUUUCUCCUGGUUGUUCCUGUUCACAAAUCAUUCACUGAAAAAGAUCUCAGAGAAUUUGUUGAGCUCCUGAAGCCCUUCACUGAGAAAGUGUGGGCACACUGCAUGGUUCUGUUCACAUGGGGACAAUGGCUCGGUAAACACUCAAUAGAGGAUCACAUUUUCUUCUUCAGUAGUGAGUCAUGUGGAGAGGAUUGA